UAUUAAUUCGUAAAUAUAUUCUAAUUAUAGUGAAAAAUUAUGUUUGAAUAUUAUAUUAGACAACAAGUAUGGAUAAGUUUACGAUUAUACAUUGGGCAGAUCUUAGUUGGCUACGGUCUAGGAUGGACCGCACCUAUCAUCCCUAAGCUUUCUGAUACCAACACAUCACCGUUGCCAUAUGAACUCACAGAAACGGAAACAUCGCUAAUUGCAUCUAUUAUUUACGUUGGUACUAUCUUAGGGCCAUAUGUAACGAGUUAUUUGUGCAACGCGGUCGGUCGCAAGCCUUGCUUUAUCCUAGCCGGAGUUUCGUCUCUUAUAUCUUUCCUACUUCUCGCAAUCGCUAAUAACCUAGCUAUGAUAUACGUUGGAAGAAUAUUAUGUGGUUUAGGAUCUGGAAUUAUAUUUAUUGUAAACCUUGUCUACAUUGGGGAAAUAGCGUCGACCAAUAUUCGAGGUAUAUUGUUAACGAGUAAUGCAAUUUUUACAACUCUGGGUACACUUAUCGUAUAUUCAAUAGGCCCUUUUGUCUCGUACCCUUUGGUGUCUUACAUUGCAGUGCCUAUUUCUGGAAUAUACUUACUAGGAAUCAUAUUUAUACCAGAGUCUCCUACGUCUUUGAUGUUAAAAUGUAUUCUACAUACAUUCUACGUUGUAAAAAAAUAG